AUGAGUAAGAUAUGCAGACAUCUGCUGCGCGGCGCCGGGGUCCUCAUUAGCAUUUCGCGUCUCUGCGGCACUCUGCUCGCGCUGCAGCCGCCCCCCGGUCACGCUCGGGCCGGGCCCUCCCUGCGUCAGCCGUCCGCGCCCGGCCGGCCGCCGCGCGGCCGCCCCCGUCGCUGCGGGAACCGUGACCCGCCGCUCGUGUCCUCCGACGCUCGGCUGUCCUCACAGGACUCCCAGCAUGUCGCCACGGCGACGAACCCCCUGCCGGCGGCCUUCUCGGACCUGCUGCCCCACUUCCUGGUGGAGCCAGACGACGUGUACAUCGUGAAGAACAAGCCGGUCACCCUGACCUGCCGCUCCACGCCCGCCACACAGAUCUACUUCAAAUGCAACGGAGAGUGGGUUCACCAGGACGACCACCUGAUCGAGCGCACCAUCGAUCCUGCCACCGGACUGCCGGUGAUGCAGGUAAAAAUCGACAUCUCUCGACAGCAGGUGGAGAAGGUAUUUGGGCUGGAGGACUACUGGUGCCAGUGUGUGGCCUGGAGCACUACGGGAACCCAGAAGAGCCAAAAGGCAUAUGUACGGAUAGCCUAUCUGCGGAAGAAUUUCGAAGAGGAGCCACUGGGCAAGGAGGUAGCACUGGACCAGGAGGUUUUGCUGAGGUGCCAUCCCCCUGAGGGCGUGCCAACAGCAGAGGUCGAGUGGCUAAAGAAUGAAGAGGUGGUUGACCCUGCCAGCGACCCCAAUUUCUACAUCACCGUUGACCAUGACCUCAUCAUCAAACAGGCACGGCUGGCCGACACAGCCAACUACACCUGUGUGGCCAAAAACAUUGUGGCGCGACGCAAAAGCUCCUCCGCCACAGUCAUUGUUUAUGUCAACGGCGGUUGGUCCACAUGGACAGGGUGGGCGGCCUGCAGCGCCACCUGUGGGCGGGGCUUUCAGAAGAGGAGUCGGAGCUGCACUAACCCCACCCCCUUGAACGGCGGGACCUUCUGCGAGGGGCAGAACAUCCAGAAAAGCGCCUGCACAGCCACCUGUCCAGUAGAUGGAGGCUGGAGUGAGUGGAGUAAGUGGUCAGCGUGUGGAGCAGACUGCACCAUGUGGAGGAGCCGAGAGUGCAGUCAGCCUGUGCCGGGGACCGGAGGCAGAGACUGCCACGGACUGGAUCUGCAGUCUCUCAACUGCACCAGCGAACUGUGCCCUCAGACUGCUUCAGGCCCUGAGGACGUGGCCCUGUAUGUGGGGAUCGUCGCCGUGGCGAUCUGCCUGACGCUGCUGCUCAUCGUGGUGGUGCUGGUGUACCGGAGGAAGAAGGAGGGGCUGGACGCUGACGUGGCCGACUCCUCCAUCCUCACCACUGGCUUCCAGCCCGUGGGCGCCAAGCCCACCAAGCCAGGUGCGUGGGCACCACGCAGACCUCCCCGCUGCAAGAACUCCCAUUUGCUUACCAUCCAGCCCGAUCUCACCACCACCACCAGCAGCUACCAGGGCAGUCUGAGAUCGCGGCACGACACGGCGGGCAAGCUGUCGGUGACCAACGGGCCCCUGCUGGACCCGCUGCCGAACGGGUCGCACACACUGCACAACGGCAAGCUGCCCUCCGACCCCACGGAGCUCAUGAACCGGCUGUCCGCGCAGGGCUACUUUAAAACCCUGCCCCGCGACACCGCCAACACCUCCUACGGCACCUUCAACUUCCUGGGAGGGAGGCUGACCAUCCCCAACACCGGAAUCAGCCUGCUCAUUCCUCCAGAGGCCAUUCCCAGAGGGAAGAUCUACGAGGUGUAUCUCACCGUUCACAGGAAGGAGGAAGUGAGACUGCCUCUCGCUGGGUGCCAGACCCUCCUCAGUCCCAUCAUCAGCUGUGGCCCGCCAGGAGUGGUUCUGACCCGGCCGGUCAUCCUCAGCAUGGACCACUGCUCCGACGCCAACCCUGAGAACUGGGCCAUGAGGCUGAAGAAGCAGUCCUAUGAGGGCUCAUGGGAGGACGUGCUGCAGGUGGGCGAGGAGCUUCCCUCCGACCCCUUCUUCUGCCAGCUGGAGCCGGAGACGUGCCGGGUGUUCACCGAGCAGCUGGGGCGCUUCGCCCUGGUGGGGGAGUCUCUCAGCAUGGCCGCCGGGAAGAGGCUGAGGCUGGUGGUGUUCGCUCCGUUACACUGCACCUCGCUGGAGUACAACAUCCGCGUCUACUGCAUGGACGAAGCGCAGGACGUGCUGAAGGAGGUGAUGCAGAUGGAGAAGCAGUUGGGAGGGAGGCUGAUUGAGGAGCCCCAGGUCCUGCUCUUCAAAGACAGCUACCACAACCUACGCCUGUCUCUGCAUGAUAUGCCCCGUACACACUGGAGGAGCAAGCUAAUGGCUGGAUACCAGGAGAUCCCCUUCUACCAUAUCUGGAGCGGCUCCCAGCGCAGUCUGCACUGCACCUUCACCCUGGAGCGCCUCAGUCUGAGCACGUGCCAACUCACCUGCCAGCUCUGCGUGUGGCAAGUGGAGGGGGAGGGGCAGAGCUUCAACCUCGACUUCAACAUCGCCAAGGACACCCGGCCGCUGGAUGCCGACUUCCUGAUGCUGGACAACAGCGCUCCUGCUCUGGCCGGCCCCAGCGCGUUCCAGAUCCCGUAUCUGAUCCGACAGAAGAUCUGUAGCAGCCUGGACACGCCCUGUCCACACGGAGCCGACUGGAGACUGCUGGCCCAGAGACUCCAGCUAGACAGGCACCUCAGUUUCUUUGCGUCCAAACCCAGCCCCACCUCAGUGAUCCUGGACUUGUGGGAGGCGCAGCAUUUCCACAGCGGGAAUCUCAACCAGCUGGCAGCCGUCAUGGCCGAGAUCGGCAAACAGGAAGCCAUGAUCUUCCUGGUGACGGACGGGGAGUGCUAACCCCCCUCCCCCCUGGAGAUGAAGAGGCAGAGCUUGGACAGCAAACUCACCAACAGGAUGAGGAGGAGAAGAAAUUAAGUACAGGGUUCGACUUUCCCCACUCCGCCGUCCUUGACCCGGAAGUAACUCGUACUUAAACCCCUAAGAGGAGAGUCGUGUCUGGGAGUCACCUGUGGUAACUCUG